AUGAGUCCUCAAUUAUCCGAAUACUGGAAUAGGCAGCUUCCUCUCACGCCAGCAGCGGGUGCACUGCUGGACGCGACAGAGAAUUCCCUCACUGGGCUCACAGUUACCAGGAAGCAAGAACGGAGGAACCCGAACCUGGAAGAAAAGCCAACUACUGAGCUGCGACCAAGCGCCAGAGCUACCGGAAGAUUGAACGAGACCGACGUCCAAGCAAAGAACCGGCCCGAGCACCCUGACCUUCCUGCUAGCUGCAUUCGAGAACAGCCGCCUAGGUACCCAAGGCUAGGAUCAAUCGCAGUGCAAACGCCGAUACGGAAAUAUCCAAAAAGCGACUCAAAGAAAAUUGGCGCCAUGAUCUCAGAGGAGCUCUACGACAGCGGAUCGACUGCGACGUCUACGAACUCUCUUUUUUCGCUCAACAGGCGCGCCAGCUACUCCAGCGUCAUCGACCAUUACCUUGAGGAGGCGGAAGACGAACCCACCGCGCUCACACUCAACUACUCCAGCAGGAACCGCAGAUCGUCGGUCGCGGCGCCCGCUAUGGCGCAGGCACCGGAUCCGCUGCCGACACCACCUGCUAAUGACAAACUGGUCGUGAUUCUUGUUGGGCUGCCUGCUAGCGGUAAGUCCACAGUAUCCAACCACCUUAUACAGUAUCUUGGACACAACCCUGCUACGCAGCACAUGCGCUGCAAAAUCUUCAACGCUGGACAAGUCAGACGUAAGCUCAGCUGCCGCGGUAGGCCCAUGAUGCUUGCAAAUAACUCAUCAGAGGACUUGUUCAACCCUAAGAACUCUCAGAAAAAGGAGCAGUAUGCGAGGCUGACGCUCGAGCAAAUGUUUUCCGACCUGGACAAAGACUUAUGCGACAUUGCCAUAUUCGACGCGACCAACUCAACAGAGAAGAGACGCGCCUUCCUUUUCCAAGAAAUGCGCCUCUACAAUGCAGACUUGAGUCGCGAGUUUCAUAUCACACCGCUAGUGUUCCAGGUUUCCUGCGCAGAGCGCAAUUUUGUUCGCUUCAACAUCCAUAACAAAACGUUCAACCAGGACUAUUUCGACAAACCAUAUGAGUUUGCGGUCAGGGACUUUGCUAGACGUUUAUCCCACUAUUAUUCACAAUUCACCCCUUUCUCUACGCCGGAAUUCAACAGUCAAAUGGCUGAAAACAAGCUCAUAAACGAUGACAACGGGCUUUUCUGGUUCAGCAUAGUCAAUGCCGGACAAUCUGACCAGAGCGAUUUCAGUGCCUGUCAUUUUCCUCCAAAAGCCUCGAAGCUAUUGUUUACACUUAUCAAGACCAUAAAGACUUUUGUGGACACAUAUGGCGACGUUUACGGGCGUCCUUAUAUCCAGCACGCAGGAGAUUUUGCCAAGGGCAUAAUUACGCGUCCCACAGAGCUAACUGCCAGGGCCUCCACUACUCAGGUUGAUGUGCCCUACUUUUCAAUACUGAACCAGAUUGUAAACGACGAUUAUUUUGCCCAGCUAUCUGAGGCCUCGCCUUUAUAA